UUUUCAAACAUUCUUUAGCAAAACAACGAACUCGUUCGCAUAAGAAAACUCAGUUUCCUUUCAAAAUCUGUGUUCAGUUUCAUCUCGGCACACUCUCGAUACUUUAAUUCCAAAACAUGGGUGACUCUGUAAAACACUUGUUACCCGUAGAGUUCAUGCUCAAAUUCUUGAAGACGAUUACUCAGAAUAACAGUCAUCGUCGACUGUUCCACGUCACCGUCAUUCUUUCCCUCAUCUAUGCCAUCAUCAACAGGCGGAGGAAGCAGCGGGCACUGCAGGCCAACCCUGCCCGAGGACUCCCGCUGCCCCCAGGCCCGUGGGGCUGGCCCAUCCUCGGCAUCAUGCCAUCCUUGGCCGGGGGUAAACCUCACCAUGUCCUCACCGAGAUGAGCAAGACGUACGGUCCCAUCAUGAGUUUCAUGAUGGGUAGCUUCCGUACCGUGGUCCUGAGCGACUAUGACUUGAUCAAGGAGGCCUUUGCUAAGUCCGGGGACAAGUUCAGCGACAGGCCCAAGGUCUUCAUGUUUGAGAAUAUCCAUCCGGCAGGAGCUGGUGUCGUACUGAAUUACUACGAAACUGGUAACUGGAAGGACAACCGCCGGUUCACGCUCAGAGCUCUCAGGAAGCUCGGCAUGGGCAAGGCGGCCAUGAUGGAGGACAGAAUCAUCGAAGAGGCUGGGUUUGUCAUCCGGAGUUUCGACCAGCAGCAAGGGCGGCCGUUCCGCUCGUGUGACUUCACCAACCUCGCCGUGGCCAACAUGAUCAACUCCUUGGUGUUCGGCAAACGGGCCGACUAUGACGAUCCGGUCUUCCUUGAGGUCAUCACCAAGAUGCUGGACCUCUUCAAGCAUCUCGGCGUCUGCCUUUUCAAUUUCAUUCCCAUGAUGAAGUAUCUGCCGGGCAGCGGGUAUUGGGAGACGGCCAAAAUCCCCAAGUUCUUUGAGGACAUGUGGUACCGCCCUCACGUGAUGGAACACGUGAAGACCUUCAACGCUAACCAUAUCAGGGACUUUGUCGAUGCAUACCUCCACGAGCACUUCUUAAAGGAGGGAUCUCACUACCACUACGAUGACGCGGCCGCCAUGGGGGCAGUCGGCGAUGUGUUCGGCGCGGGGCUGGAGACCACCUCGGUCGCCCUAGACUGGGUCAUCAUGUGUCUGACCAAAUACCCAGAGGUCCAGGAGAAAGCACAGAGGGAGCUGGAUGAGGUGGUGGGGCGCCACCGCAUGCCGCAGUGGGCUGACAGGCAAAACCUGCACUACGUCAUGGCUAUGUUGGACGAGGUUAUGCGCUGGUCUGCAGGAGGCCCGUUCGGUGUUCCUCACUCCCCGAUUGAAGACACCGAGUUCCGCGGUUACUUCAUCCCCAAGGGUGCGGUGGUCAUCCCCAACCUACACGCGGUCAUGCACAACCCCGACGUCUUUCCCGAUCCGGGGGCUGUGAAGCCAGAGCGGUUCUUAAACUCCGACGGCAAGUUCGUCAAGCAUGAACACAUGUCGCAGUUUAGCGUCGGUCGACGCGCUUGUGUUGGGGAGCAUCUCGCCAGAAUGGAGAUCUACACCAUUGUCACUCACAUUAUCCACACCUUCACGUUGAGGGCGCCCAACGGCGACACCGACAGUAUCCGAACAGAGGGCAUCAUGGGCCUGUCCAAGAACCCUUGUCCGUACAAACUCUGCGCUAUCCGAAGAACAGACACUUAUGACGUCACCGAAAUUCCCAUGGACCUUCUUUCAGACGAUAAUAAUAACAAUAAUACCUUGGACAGUAAUAAUAACAACAACGAAGCCAAGCAUUGCGUCCAUUGACAUGCAAAUCGCAGCCAAUUUAUUUCGUUUUCGUAAACGAAUUGUACUUUUGUAGCAUAAUGAAAAGCCGUUGUAUAUAAUAGGCCCUAUAUGUAUAUAUGCUUAUGCUUGUAUUAUUUUUGUACACAAACAGUGAACAUAAGUAGGAGCGUUUAAGUUUAUUAAUUAAGUCUUUCAAGAAACACAUUCAUGAACCAAUUAAUGCGCAAAGACCAUAAUCGCAUUUUUGUCUAAGAAUACACGAAAUGUCUACCAGGUGCUGUGACAGCAUACUUCAGAAAGAUGUGUAUUGUGAGAUUCUGGCCAAUGAUAUGCUCUGUUGACUUUUAUUUUAAUGGUCUCUUUUUUUCCACAAAAACUACAGUGCUUUAUUGAAUUUAUAAUAGCUCUAUGAUUAUUACACUUUUCCAUUCGGGUUUUUUUUUUUUGGG